CAUAUUUAGCCCUUUUUAAAAAUCCAAAACAAAGAAUUUUGAUUUAGUUGAGUAUAGGGUUGAGCCAAAUCGGAACCGACUAAAUCCCAACUCAUUCGCAACCAGAAGUGUCUUGAGAGUUGAGCGUUCCGUUUGUAACCAUCGGAAGCAGAGCGCAUCAUUUUCUUUCCUUCCCAUUAUCACUGUACUGAAUCAGUGAGUGGCAAAAAACCCUAAACUCGAACACCUCUUAAACGUCGUCGUAAUGGAGGUAGAACCAGUAGAACCGCAAUCACUGAAGAAGCUAAGCUUCAAGUCUCUCAAACGCGCCCUCGACCUCUUCUCCCCGGUUCAUCAACAACUUGCUCCUCCCGAUCUCGAAAGCAAGAAAAUUCGUAUCAAUUACAAGGUCAAUGCUGAGUAUGGUGGAAUUAAAAACACUGCUCAACCUCCCCAGCAGACAAAUUCUGCCGCAAAGGAUAAUUCUCAACAAGCAGGGUCUUCUAACACGCUUGCUCUUCCCGGUCCAGGAAAUUCGGAUCUUCAGAAAGGAGGGCCCCAAAAAGCUUUGGUUGUUGGUCCAGCUAUGCCAUCCACAGCAACGAACGGUCUUGGUUCUCAGGGAAAAAGUACAGUAGUUGUUUCUUCCUCUGGCUCAUCCGAAAGGAAUUUCUCAACAUCUGCUCUGAUGGAAAGAAUGCCAAGUAAAUGGCCACGACCUGUGUGGCAUGCACCAUGGAAAAAUUACAGGGUCAUCAGUGGUCACUUAGGAUGGGUGAGAUCUGUUGCAGUUGAUCCCAGUAAUACAUGGUUUGCCACUGGUUCUGCAGAUCGAACUAUCAAGAUAUGGGACCUGGCAAGUGGUGUUCUAAAGCUCACGUUAACAGGCCACAUCGAACAAGUAAGAGGCCUUGCUAUUAGCAACAAACAUACGUACAUGUUUUCUGCUGGUGACGAUAAACAAGUUAAAUGUUGGGAUCUUGAACAGAAUAAGGUUAUUAGGUCUUAUCACGGCCAUCUGAGUGGUGUUUAUUGCUUGGCUAUUCAUCCCACAAUUGACAUUUUGCUGACUGGGGGACGUGAUUCUGUCUGCCGGGUCUGGGACAUACGUAGUAAAAUGCAGAUUCACGCUCUUUCAGGUCACGAGAACACUGUCUGCUCUGUGUUCACACGACCAACGGACCCUCAAGUUGUCACUGGUUCUCAUGAUUCUACAAUCAAGAUGUGGGACCUUAGAUAUGGUAAAACAAUGUUAACGCUUACAAACCAUAAAAAGUCGGUUCGAGCUAUGGCUCCACAUCCUAAAGAGCAAGCUUUUGCAUCUGCAUCGGCUGAUAAUAUUAAAAAGUUCACCCUUCCAAAAGGAGAAUUUUGUCACAAUAUGCUUUCUCAACAGAAAACUAUUAUCAAUGCAAUGGCUGUCAAUGAGGAGGGUGUGAUGGUUACUGGAGGUGACAAUGGCAGUAUGUGGUUCUGGGAUUGGAAGAGUGGUCAUAAUUUCCAGCAAUCUCAAACAAUUGUACAACCUGGUUCACUGGACAGCGAGGCUGGUAUCUAUGCUUUAACCUAUGAUGUCACGGGUACAAGGCUUAUAUCAUGCGAAGCCGACAAGACCAUAAAAAUGUGGAAAGAAGAUGACAAUGCCACACCAGAAACACAUCCCCUUAACUUCAGGCCUCCUAAAGACAUUCGUCGUUUCUAGUUAUGCAGGCCUCCUGAAGACAUUCGUCGUUUCUAGUUAUGCAGGCCUCAUUUAUUCAGUCAAGUAAAACAACUGACGCAGACAAGGCAUUUUGAUUAGAUGAGCUUUUACCUUGAGGUCUUGAUGUACAAUUAUUUAUUCAUACUUGUGGAAGAGUUCAUUUGUAAAACUUUGAACAAAAAUUAAUAUUUCCGUAUUUAAUUAGUUAUAUUACAAUCUAAAUGUUACGAGAUUCUUGUUUCA